GCAUAAUAUCGCGUAUGUCGCAUGUUGAAACGUCAUCAUACAGCGACAAUGUAUUUUUCUUCUAUUAAAAGGAAAGUAAGAGUAGUUUUUCUUUUACGCUACGCUGAGAGUCAGAACUAGUUUUAUGUCAUUUUUAUCAUAAAGUACACGUUUUACUGUUAUAUUUACUAUCAACAUACAAAAUAAACGUCCUAGGAAGUCCUUUUUCAGUGUCUAAACACAAGGCUCGUUUUCGUCUCUGAUGUCCAACUAUGCCACAACUCGUCGAUAUAAAGGUUCCAGGAGAAUGUAAUACUCUUCCUGAAGGGUUUUGGUCGGCGAUAGAUGUGUGGUUAAAGAAACCUCACGUUCUAAACAAGCGUCUCUGCGGAGUUAAAGAGACGGAGAGCAAAGACUUGCGGUUCCCGUUUGACGACCCUCUUUCUGAACUCUCCUCUGAUGUGUUGUCCUUCAUAAACAGCGGGUGUUCACCAGCAAAGCCACACGAGCAGGACAAACGCUGGUCCUCCACUGUCAGAACCUUUAUUCCUAAAGUAAACUGUUAUGGGAAAACCCUGCAUAAAGAUGUUGUAGUGAAAGACUUUGGCAGACAACAAGUGACCUUUCUUCCAUUUGAAGAGGAUGCAGAAGGGCAGGUGUCUCUGAAGAAGGGCAACAUUUAUCAGAUUCAGCUCUGCCAUCACCACCGUGAGGAAUGGUGAGUGAAAUCAUUCUUCAGCAAAGUCCAAACAG